CCUAACCCUACCCAUCUUCUCUGCCGCUCUCACCCAUCGCGUCUCUCUGCGUCUCCGAUUCCCCUCCUCGGCGUCUCCGCCUUUCCGCUUCUCCUCCCUCACCAUCUUCGCCACUCCGCUUCUCCUCCCUCGCCGUCUCCGCUUAUCCACCCUCGCCGUCUCCGCUUAUCCACCCUCAGCGUCUCCGCUUCUCCUCCAUCGGCGUUUCCGAUUCUCCUCCUCGGCGACUCCGCCUCUCCGCUUUUCCUCCCCGCCAUCUCCGCUCCGCUUCUCCUCCAUCAGCGUCUCCGCUUCUCCUCACCCGGCGUCUUCGACUCGCUGCCUCGGCGCACUCAUAGUCUCAUUUAUCAGUUCCGGUUCUCCGCCCCAGGCACCUUCGGCUCUCUGCCCUCUGCGCUUUCGAUUUCAAGCUCCUCUCUCAUCACACCUGCAAAGCAAUCCAUUGAACAGGUUUUUCAUGAUAAAAAGGUGUAAAAGGAUUAAAUAAGUGGUAGCUACCAUUUUCGAAGUAGUAGUAGUAGGUAUGCUCAGAACUGCUUCUUCCUCUUGCAACCUAUGCCGACGCCUCCAUCUUCACCAUCGCCAAACACCACCACCGUCGAUCAGAGUGGCCACCGUCGUCGACCCAGCCAUUGCCGAACACCAGUUACUCCUUCGCCGUCGACUCAUCUCCCAUCGAAUCGUCGCCAUCGAUUCACAUCCGUCUGCUGCUGGAGUGCGAACUGCAAAGCCGUGUGCUACUGGAGCUAUCGAAGCCGUCUGUUGCUGCUCCCUGGAGCUCCGUUGAAGCCACCUUUCGUUGCCGUCGAUUUCCGUCCGUCUGCUACUCUGCUAGUCUACUGUACAGGAUUGUCAUUUUACACAACAAACGAGGAAUUAAGGAGGUUAUUUUUGCCUUUUGGUGAUAUUAAAGAAGAUUAGUACUUUGAAUUGAUUUAGCAAGGCUUGUGAUAGACCAUAGAACCCAGAGGCCUAAAGGAUUUGGAUUCGUCACCUUUGAAUCAGAAACUGAUGCCCAGAAAUCCAGAAUGCUUUGAAGGCUUUGAAUGGCAAGCUGCACCAUCUAUUGAAUUUAAGGAUUCCAACCAACAAAAUCUUAACCAUGCUGUUGGAAACUCUUCCAACAAUGGCAAAGGCACUCAAGAAAAUGAGCACAAGGAUGAUGCUCCCAAUGCAAAUUAUAAUGGGACUGAGUAUGAGGAGGAUGAUGAAGAAGAGGAUGUAGAUUUUAAUCCCUUUCAAAGAGAAGUUAUUUGUCCAGAAGCUUCUUCUAGCCUGAGCUCGGAAGUUGAAGGUUUGGAUGCUGAUGUUGCUGACAGUGGUGACAAUGUUUCUGAAGUUUUGAAAGGUUAUGAUGGAGCAAAUUCACUAGGUCUACCACAGAACUGCCUGGCCGGUGAUACUGAACAUGGUGAAGAGAUUGUGAUGCAAACUGAAGCAUCUUCUGGAAAGCUUAUGGAAAAACAAACUGUUUCAAUACCUCAAACUGAAAAUGAAACAGUAAACAUUAAGAAGAAUGUAUCAAACAGAGGGACAGAUUGUAUUCAGGAGCUUGCACCCAAAGAGUCUACAACUGGUGCAAAUUCAAAGAUGGCCAUUAUGGAUAGGGAUGAUGAGGAUGCUAUAUGCAGGCGAACCAGAGCACGGUAUUCACUUGCUGGCUUUACACUUGAUGAACUGGAGACUUUUCUUCAGGAAACAGAUGAUGAGGAUGAUAUUCAGAAUGCUGAUGAUGAAGAAGAAUACAGAAAAUUUCUAGCAGCUGUGUUACAGGGUGUAGAUGGAAGCUCAACAAAUGCACAAGAGAAUGAAAAUGUUGAUGAUGAAGAUGAGGAUAAUGAUGCUGAUUUUGAGCUUGAAAUUGAAGAGGCAUUAGAGAGUGACCUUGAUGAAAACGUGAAGGAUGAUAUUGUAGAGGAGUAUGAGGCUGUUGAUCAACGACCUAAGACUAGGCUAAGUAGGCGCCAAAAGACAUUUGUUGAACAUAAAAAAAAGGUUGCAGGAGAAUCAAGUAGGCCAUUACGCCCUCUGUUGCCAUAUUCACCAAUUGCUUCAUACUCUGCACUUGCAGGGAAAGGCUUGGUUCCUAGGCUUGCAACACAUUGUCUGCGUCCUGUCAAUGAUGGAUUUAUAAAUGGAUUUACUCCAUAUCAGAUAGGACAACUGCACUGCCUGAUACAUGAGCAUGUUCAACUUCUUAUUCAGAUAUUUUCUAUUUGUGUUCUUGACCCUGUUAGACGAGACAUUGCUUCUGAUAUUCAGAAAUUGAUCUCCGAAAUGCUGUGCAAGCGUGACGAAGUAUUAGCACAGGGAAGGGUACCAUACCCCCAAUUUUGCUUCUUCCCUCAACAUAUUCAUCCAUCAGUGGCUGGUGAAGCUCCAGAUGUUUUGCCGGGACAAAGUACCCAUGGAUUUUCUUCUGCCUCUGAUAUGCAGAAAGACUUCUCUUCUGUGCAGCCUUCUAAUCGAACUUCUCCUUCAACAGGACAGGUAGGAUAUGCCUCAAAUGAGCAGGAGGGAUGCUUGCGAACUCCUGAAGGCUCCUCCUGGAUGCCUUACUUAGGCGAUCCAACACUUUCUGUUCUUGAUGUGGCUCCACUCAAAUUGGUUAGAAAAUUCAUGGAUGAUGUUUUAUCAGUUGCACAAGAAUACCAGAGGCAGCCACUAGGAGCUACCAAUGAUGUUCGCGCUGAAAAAAUUCCCCUUUUUCCUGCUUGUAACAUUCAGCAAUUUGCUGAAACAGAUUGUCACACUCCAUCUUCUUCAUCUGUGGACCUGACUUCCUCAUCUAAUGUUCAAAUAGCAAAAAAGACAUUGGCUGCUUCACUAGUUGAAAGGGCCAAAAAAGAAUCAAUUGCACUUGUUCCAAAGAAGAUUGCUAAACUGGCUCUGCAGUUCUAUCCAUUAUUUAAUCCGACCCUGUAUCCUCAUAAGGCACCUCCAGCAGCUGUGGUGAACCGGGUGCUCUUCACUGAUGCAGAGGAUAAAUUAUUGGCUUUGGGACUGAUGGAAUACAAUACGGACUGGAAAGCUAUUCAACAGCGGUUUCUUCCUUGCAAAUCUAAGCAUCAGAUUUUUAUCAGGCAGAAGAACCGCUCAUCAGCUAAAGCACCUGAGAAUCCAAUAAAGGCUGUUCGAAGGAUGAAAAACUCCUCGUUGACCGCAGAAGAGAUUGCACGGAUUGAGGAAGGUUUGAGAGUGUUUAAACUUGACUGGAUGUCAGUGUGGAAGUUCAUUGUUCCAUAUAGAGAUCCUUCUCUGUUACCUCGGCAAUGGCGUAUUGCUAUUGGAACUCAGAAGUCAUACAGAUCAGAUGCAAAUAAAAAGGAAAGGCGACGCUUAUAUGAAUCACAAAGAAGAAAGUCCAAGGCUGCAGCUUUGGCAAGUUUGCACUCUUCAUCAGAAAAAAUGGAUAAUGGCAUUGGUAAAAAUGUUGAAGACAUGAAUAGUGCGAAUGAUUGUACGGAUAAAGAUGAUGAAGCUUUUGUUCACGAGGCAUUUUUGGCAGAUUCAAGGGCUGGUGUCUCAGUCAUCUCGGCAACUAAUCCUAUUCCAAAUCUAGCAGAUGAAAGUCGUCCUUUUCCACCAGAAAUGGGUGGCUCUCAAGUUGGAGAGAGAAUAAAUGAAAGUGGCUGUAGAGACCCUCUACCCCAAAUCAACCAGUUUCCUAUUUCUUUAAAGUCAUCCAAUACUGAGGUGUUUAUGCGGCCAUAUCGAGCCAGAAAAAGUAGCACUGCACGCGUAGUGAAAUUAGCCCCACAGCUGCCUCCUGUUAAUCUUCCACCAACUGCUCGUGUUAUGUCACAGUCAGCAUUUAAAAGCUACCAAGGUGUAGUCUGUACAAAGGUUUCUGGUGCUAAAGCUUGUCAGGAUGUAAAUGCCACAACAGAUAAUGGGGAUCUGCAAGUUGCAAGUGCUGCAAAGACAGGACUCAAUUGUUCAAGAAGAGAUGUGGAAGUCAGGAGUAUCACUGCUGAAAGCAAUACUAGCACACGGCAUCAUGACGAUGAGUCUGAAGUCCUCAGGGAUAGACAAGUGGUGGAAGAAAAGGAUGGCCCAGAUCUUCAGAUGCAUCCACUACUUUUUCGGGCUCCAGAAGAUGGUCAAUUGCUAUAUUAUCCAUUGAAUUCUGGUCCUAAUGCAUAUAGUUCAUUCAACUUUUUUCCAGGCAGUCCACCCCAGCUAAAUCUGAGUCUCUAUCGCCAAACAAACCGUGGUUUUAACUUCUUUAACAAGGCUUUGAAACCCAAGGGAAAAGCUUCUACAUCAUGUGGUCUUGGCUUUCAUCCACUUCUACAAAGAGCUGCUGAUGCAAAUUGUGUCUCAGAAACUGCAAACUCUGUUGCCCAACCCUCUACUUAUUCAGAACUACCAAGGGAAAGACUUGCCCAACCUCCAAGCUCAUUAGAUGCCUCUCGAACCGAGUCAUGUAUGAAUAAUAGUUUAGUUGCUGCACAUCUUAAACCCACUAGUCCUAUUGGAAAUUAUAGUGAACCCGAUCUUGAAAUGCACUUGAGUCUUACAUCCAGAAAACAGAAAGCUCUAGAAAGAUGUGUGACUGAUCACGAUGUUGGAAGAUCAUCGAGAAGUAUUUCGGAGACUGAAGUGAGGUCUCCAAAUACAAGUACUUUAAACAGAAUGAGCAGUAAUCUUGGUUCAAGUGCUCAAGCAUUGGCCGUAUCCAAUGAAAAGGAUAUUGGAAACAACGUUGAUGACAUAUCAGGCCAGUCUCUUCCAGGAAUUGUGAUGGAGCAGGAAGAGCUGAGUGACUCUGAGGAAGAAGAAGAAGAAAAUGUGGAGUUUGAAUGCGAGGAGAUGGCAGAUUCAGAGGGAGAGAUAUCUCAUUCUGAGCAGAUCACUGGUGGACAAAUUGAGGAGGCGGACAGAGUUGGUAGUGAUGAAGACUCUGACGAUCAUGUACCAGUCAGACGUGGAAUUUCAAAAGAGAAUUCUUCUAACCCCUCUCAGUUGGUAUUGAGAGAUAGAGAGAGAUAUAGGCAGCCCAAUUCCUUGUGCUUGAAUUUGAAUUCAUUUCCACUUGCCUCACCUCCAUCAAAGCUCAAGGAUACUACUAGUGGUUCUGUUGGCAAAACGCAAAAGCCUGCUGGUUCUAAAAGGUCUGGAGUGAAUGUUAUUGACGAUGAGAAUAGUGCGAAAAUAGAGAAGCCUGCUGCAAACAUUAUUCUAGAAGAGUUGAAUUUGGGUUGUUUGGCUUCCUCACUCAGGAAACCAAGAAAACGUGUACGUAGAUCAGAUUCUAUUCCCAAUACUGGAGGAUCUAAAAAAGGAAUGCCAAGUUUGAAUUCGGGCAUCAGCAUAGAAAGCUCAAUGAAGGUGAAAUCGAUUGAUUGAUUCUCUCUCUCUCUCGGACAAGCUCGGAGUAUUGGGUGGGGUUAAGGAAUAACGAAUACAAGCCAAGCUGAGAUGGUGGGGCAGGGAUGAGCCAAGAAAAUUGGUUGGUGAAAGCAAUUCUGAGGGAGCAUGCCAAGAAAAGCCCAAACAUUUUGUUGAUUUCAGGAUAUGCACAAGUAAUGUGGAACCAAUAAAAGGUAAACUAAUUAUGCGUGCUGAUGCUCCCUCCUUCACAGGGACUGUUAGUUUGUAAAGUUUGCAGGCCCUGGGCUCGCCAAACGCGACACAUUCAACUCAGUUGUUGAAUAGAUAAAUGCGGCCCCGCAGUGAAAUCCCGUCUGUACAAAAGCAUGAGUUUUGAUUUUUGAUUAGGAAAAGGAAAAGGAAAAUGAUGAGAAUUUCUUGGAGAAAAGAGGGAAUACACAUCGUAGGCAUCUCCAUUGUGUAGAAACAACAAAGAUCCUGCAAAGGUUUUCUGCGUAAGCAAAAGUUAUGUUCUUGCUAAGGGAUCAUCUGAACACUUUUUUUUUUUUAAAGGUGUUAUCAUCAAUCAGUGCCGGUCACCGGCUCACCGCCA